AUGCCUAAUAAUAGAUGUUGUUCUGUCGUGAACUGCAAAAAUAACGGCACAAAUAGUCGGUGUAAAUUCUAUAUAUUUCCUACAUUGGACUGGAAAUUAAAUCAAAGAAAUAAAUGGAUAGAUGCCAUAAAAAGAAAUAAUGUUGAUGGAUCGCCAUGGUAUCCCAAACCUGAGGACACAAUUUGUAGUGAACAUUUUAUAGGAAACAAAAAAUCUGACGAGGAAGAAAGUCCGAGUUAUGCUCCCACGAUAUCCCCUGAAAUAUAUCGAAAGAGGAAGGCUAAUGAUUCACAGGUCCUAGCUAGAUAUUCACGAUUGACAAAACGAAGAACCAUAAAAGUCUCAUACCACAUCAAGUCAAAUAAUAAUUGA